AUGGGACCCCCUCUAGGAGGGAUGGGACCCCCUCUAGGAGGGAUGGGACCCCCUCUAGGAGGGAUGGGAACCCCCUCUAGGAGGGAUGGGAACCUCUGCUAUCCCUGUCCAGAGACGGUGGAUGUGAAGUGUGUGUGUGAAUCCACCUCUCUGACUGUUCCCUGUGGGAGGGAGAGGAGUACCAAGCCCCCACGCUGUAAAGAACUGUGCAGGUCUCCCCCAUCCUGCCACCACCCCAGCAGAGAGACCCAUCGAUGUCACCCUGGUCCCUGCCCUCCCUGUCGCCAGGCCUGUCUCCUGGCCCUGAAACGAUGCCAACACCCCUGUCCCCAACCCUGCCACGACCAGGUUAUGGUGAAGACCAGCGACAGGGUCCUAGCAGGCCCGUGGGAGCAGUCGUCAGAACCUGCGUUUGUCCGUAAGGCUCUCCCCUGCCCGCCCUGCCUGGUCCCUAUACCCACGGCCUGUCUUGGAGAGCAUGAGGUAAGCUGAGAACUUUUGGCUAUUUACUUUCCACAUCCCCCCCUUUCCCUCUCCCCUCACCGGGUCUCUCCCUCUCUCCUCACCGGGUCUCUCCCUCUCUCCUCACCGGGUCUCUCCCUCUCCCCUCACCGGGUCUCUCCCUCUCCCCUCACCGGGUCUCUCCCUCUCCCCUCACCGGGUCUCUCCCUCUCCCCUCACCGGGUCUCUCCCUCUCCCCUCACCGGGUCUCUCCCUCUCCCCUCACCGGGUCUCUCCCUCUCCCCUCACCGGGUCUCU